UUUCUGACGGUACUGAUAUCAGGCGGAGAAGAUUCAUCAAUCAGUUUUUCUUUUCAAAAAUGGGAACUGAAGGAGAUCAGACCACGUAUUCAAAGAAGGCCACCCCUGGAAAGGCUACAAUUCUUGCUCUGGGCAAGGGUCUUCCUCCCCAGCUUGUAAUGCAGGAGUUGCUUGUGGAUGGGUAUUUCCGAAACACCAAAUGCGAUAACCCUGAUCUCAAACAAAAGCUCGCUCGUCUCUGCAAGACAACAACAGUUAAGACAAGGUAUGUAGUAAUGUCAGAUGAUUUGCUUAAGGAAUACCCAGAACUUGCACUUGAAGGUCUGCCUACAGUGAAGCAGCGUCUAGACAUCUCGAAUAAGGCAGUCACUGAGAUGGCAAUUGAAGCCUCGCAAGCCUGUAUCAAAAACUGGGGAAGACCUAGUUCAGACAUUACACACAUAGUUUAUGUAUCUUCAAGUGAAGCCCGAUUUCCAGGAGGUGAUCUUUACCUUGCUAAAGGCCUCGGCUUGAGCCCUGACGUUCACCGUGUUCUGCUAUACUUCAUGGGAUGUUCUGGUGGUGUUACCGGUCUUCGUGUAGCAAAAGAUAUUGCUGAGAACAACCCAGGUAGUCGUGUUUUGCUAGCAACAUCUGAGACCACCAUAAUUGGGUUCAAGCCUCCAAGUGUAAAUCGUCCAUAUGAUCUUGUUGGAGCCGCACUCUUUGGCGAUGGGGCAGGAGCAAUGAUACUAGGAACAGACCCAAUACCAGAAAUUGAAAGGCCAUUGUUUGAACUACACACUGCAAUCCAGAACUUCCUGCCGGACACUGAGAAAACAAUUGAUGGGCAGCUUAAUGAAGAAGGGAUAAGCUUCAAAUUAGGGAGGGAACUUCCUCAGAUGAUUGAAGACAACAUAGAAGGAUUCUGUGAAAAGUUGAUGAAACCUGCUGGUUUCAGUGAUAAGGAUUAUAACAAGUUGUUUUGGGCAGUUCAUCCAGGCGGACCUGCGAUUCUGAAUCGAUUGGAAAAGAGGCUUGAUUUGUUGCCUGACAAGUUGAUGUCUAGUAGGAGGGCUUUGAUGGAUUAUGGAAAUGCUAGUAGUAACACAAUCGUUUAUGUAUUGGAGUACAUGAUUGAAGAAAGCUUGAAAGUGGAGAACAAGGAAGAUUCUGAAUGGGGUUUGAUACUUGCUUUUGGACCUGGGAUUACCUUUGAGGGAAUUCUUGCAAGGAACCUUGUCACUCGAGAAUAAUCCCCUACUCUUGAAUAAUCCCCUACUCUUCUUAAUUCCAGACACCUUGAAGCUUAACUAGUAAACAGGUUAUACCUUAGUUUUACAGAAGUUUACAUUUACAUUUCUAAGUUGUUUGAACUCCACUCUUGGAGGCUAUAAAUACUACU